CUAGCAGGACGUCCUUUGCCAGUGUGCCACAGGGCACAACUGGAGGGUCUGCCCGAGACCACCACCAUGGUGCUGCCCCCGCCCGACAAGCGCCACGUCUGCCUGUCGGCCAUUGUGAUCAUGAGCAGUAUGGCCUUCAUGGACGCCUACCUGGUGGAGCAGAACCAGGGGCCUCGGAAGAUCGGCGUGUGCAUCAUCGUGCUGGUCGGAGACAUCUGCUUCCUGAUCGUGCUGCGCUACGUGGCUGUGUGGGUGGGCGCCGAGGUCAAGACGGCCAAGCGCGGCUACGCCAUGAUCCUCUGGUUCCUCUACAUCUUCGUCCUAGAGAUCAAACUCUACUUCAUCUUUCAGAACUACAAGGCGGACAAACGGAAUGUGGACACGGUGGCCCGCAAGGCAUUGACUUUGUUGCUGUCCAUCUGCGUGCCCGGGCUGUACCUCAUCUUGGUAGCUCUGGACAGUAUGGACUACGUCAGAACGUUCCGGAAGAAGGAGGACCUCCGAGGACGCCUCUUCUGGGUCGCGUUGGACCUAUUGGAUAUUUUGGAUAUCCAGGCCAAUUUGUGGGAGCCACACAAGACUGGCGUCCCAAUGUGGGCUGAGGGCCUCAUGUUUUUCUAUUGUUACAUUCUUUUGCUCAUUCUCCCCUGCGUGUCUCUCAGUGAGAUCAGCAUGCAAGGUGAGCACAUAGCUCCUCAGAAGAUGAUGCUCUAUCCUGUUCUAAGCCUUGUAACUAUCAACGUCGUGACCAUCUUCAUCCGGGCCAUUAACAUGCUUCUGUUCCAGGACAGCAGGGUUUCGACCAUAUUUAUUGGCAAGAACAUCAUAGCGAUAGCCACCAAGGCCUGCACUUUUAUAGAGUAUCAAAAACAGGUCAAGAACUUCCCAGAGAAUGUCAUAGCCCUGGAACUCCAGCAGAAUUCCAUUGCCCACAAUCAGACCGUCCACAGCACGCAAAGUGGGCAACACAACCAGACGCCAACCAGAGAGAUCGUGGACACAUGACCACAGUAGAGUCCGAGCCGUGCUACAAGUGGCUUCCAGUGAUAGAAAAAUGAUCCUGUAAAAAAG